AUGGUUCACAAGAUCCUGUUCUGGGCCGGUUUCGGCAUCGCCACACGCUUCGUCCAACUCGGCAUAGAGAUGAGACCUUUUUUCCAGCGCGGCACGUUAUGGGUAUACCCGCUCUUCGCGAGCAUUGGGGGUUCGUUUGGUUAUUGGUUGACAGGCGUGGAGGAUAGACAAGUCAAGCUCUUACAACAGCGGAAAGAGAUUAUAAUCGAGAAGAGACGACGGAGGGCCGAACGGGAAGCUGCUGCUUCUUCCGCCGAGACCGCAGGUGUGCUGGCGUCGACGAGUUAA